AUGGAUGCAUCGAGGGUUACCCAACUGAAACAAUUCGUCGACCAGUGCAAGGCCGAUCCUUCUGUCCUCUCCGAUCCCUCCCUCUCCUUCUUCCGUGAAUACAUCGAAAGUCUUGGAGGGAAGAUUCCUACUUCUGCGAGCGAGGCCGGGAGUUACAAAGCGAAGUCUCGUGCUAUGGAUGAGAGCGAUGAGGAUCUGGAUGAUAUAGAGGAGGAGGUUCACCCUAAAUACGAUGAAGAAGAAGAGCCUGAGAUAAUUGAGUCUGACAUUGAACUGGAUGAGACUGACGUUGUGGAGCCUGAUAAUGAACCCCCACAGAAGAAGGGAGACCCUAGCAUUGAAGUUACUGAAGAAAACCGAGAUGCUUCUCAAGAGGCUAAAAUUCAGGCUAUGGAAGCAAUUUCUGAAGGUAAGCUUGAAGAAGCAAUUGAGCAUCUUAACAAAGCAAUUCUGCUUAAUCCUACCUCAGCUAUUAUGUAUGGAACCCGAGCUACCGUGUACAUCAAAAUGAAGAAACCAAAUGCUGCUGUUCGGGAUGCCAAUGCUGCUCUUGAGAUCAAUCCAGAUUCUGCGAAAGGGUACAAAUCCCGAGGCAUGGCUCGAGCAAUGCUUGGCCAGUGGGAAGAGGCUGCAAAGGAUCUUCACUUGGCUUCGAAGCUGGACUACGAUGAGGAAAUUAGUGCUGUACUUAAGAAGGUUGAGCCCAAUGCACACAAAAUUGAGGAACACCGCAGAAAAUAUGACAGGCUGCGCAAAGAGCGAGAAGACCGUAAGAUUGAGCGUGAGCGUCAGCGUCGUCGAGCUGAAGCUCAGGCUGCAUAUGAAAAGGCUAAGAAGAAAGAGCAGUCAUCAUCCAGCAGAAGACCUGGAGGUAUGCCAGGUGGAAUGCCUGGAGGUUUUCCUGGUGGAGGCUUUCCUGGUGGAAUGCCUGGAGGCAUGCCUGGAGGUUUCCCUGGUGGCAUGCCUGGUGGAAUGCCAGGAGGUAUGCCUGGAGGUAUGCCUGGAGGUUUCCCUGGGAGCUCACCUGGCGGUAUGCCUGGGAAUGUUGAUUACAGCAAAAUACUUAACGAUCCUGAAUUGAUGGCGGCAUUCAGUGAUCCCGAAGUUAUGGAAGCCUUUCAAGAUGUAAUGAAGAACCCGGCUAACUUGGCUAAGCAUCAAGCAAAUCCUAAAGUGGCUCCAAUUAUUGCGAAAAUGAUGAGUAAAUUUGCUGGACCCCAGUGA